AUGAAGAGUGACUUUUCUAUGGAGUCUCCUCCUUACUUUAAAGCUGGACAAAGUGCUGAUGAAAGUAUCAGGAUCCAGCAGCAGAGACCUGGACCUGGACCUGGACCCCGCUGUGAGUCCAUGAAGAGUGACUUUUCUAUGCAGUCUCCUAUGAACUUUAAAGCUGGACAAAGUGCUGAUGAAAGCUGCUGGGAGGCUUCUGAUGGUGUGUGUGUGUGUGUGUGUGUGUGUGUGUGUGUGUGUGUGUGUGUGUGUGUGUGUGUUUUCAGGCUGUCAGGAUGUCUGGUCAGAGAGGAAGGCUGUGUUUCUCUGGCUUCAGCUCUGAGCUCCAACCCCUCCCAUCUGAGAGAGCUGGACCUGAGUAACAAUCAUCCAGGAGACUCAGGAGAGAAGCUGCUGUCUGCUGGACUGGAGGAUCCACUCUGGAGACUGGAGACACUCAGGAUGGACCAUGGUGGACUGCAGUGGUUGAAACCUGGUCUGAGGAAGUAUGCCUGUGAACUGGAGCUGGACACAAACACAGUAAACAGGAACCUCAAACUGUCUGACAACAACAGGACAGUGACAUAUGUCAGAUACGAGGAGCAGGUAUAUCCUUUUCAUCCAGAGAGGUUUGACUUCUACGUACAGCUGAUGUGUAGAGAAGCUCUGACUGGUCGCUGUUACUGGGAGGUCGAGUGGAGAGGAGUGGUUUUUAUAUCAGUAACUUACAGAGAAAUCAGCAGGAGAGGAAAGAGAGAGGACUGUGAGUUUGGAAGGAAUGAUCAGUCCUGGACUCUGGAGUGCUCUGAUGGUCGUUACUCAGUCAGGCACAAUAAGACAGGAACAUUCCUCUCCACCUCCUCCCACUCCUCCUCUGGUAGAGUAGCAGUGUAUCUGGAUCAUGCUGCUGGCUCUCUCUCCUUCUACAGAGUCUCCUCUGGCACACUGAUCCACAUCCACACCUUCAGAGCCACAUUCACUAAACCUCUCUAUGCUGGGUUCGGGACUGGGCCACAUGGUUCCUCAAUAUCUCUGGUUCCUCUGCAGGUCUGAGAGGAGAGAGGGGAGAGGAGAGAUGAGCAAGGAGAGAUAAGAGAGAGGAGAUGGAGAGAUGAGCGAGGAGA